ACCUACGACGGUUUUAUGAUUUCGUAGCGCUAAGAUGGCUUCGAAAAUAGGGCCCCAGUCUUUCAAGCAUUCUCCCACUCUGUCUCGCUGAACGCAGUCCUGUAUAGCAACAUGACGUAAGCGGUUUGUUUGAUAAUCCAAACAACAAAAUCGUCAACGAUCCAACGGGUGAUAAGCCUACCAGGUGUCAAAUAUGUGUUCAGUAGUGAAACGCGAGUUUAAACUCGCUAAUGUUUGGCUUAAUUACAGCAAACCCGAGGCAUUUUACACGUCACAGUGGCGGUUUCCCUGGCCAGUUUUCAUAAUUUACCGCCUAUCGGUGGCAGCCUACGUCCUGUUCGCCUUCAUAAGGGUCAUGGUCGUUUCGGAGGACGGUGCCGGCACUGGGUUCAAACUCCAACACCACGUUAUGGCGUACAUAACCACGUGGACCUACCUCGCGCUCACUCUCCACAUGGUGCUCGCCGCCAGUGUCGCCAUCUGGUGUCAUUGCCGAGCAAGGUCAAGGUUAGAACCAGAAAAAUCGAUUUCAAACGUAAACACUAUUUCAGAAAAUCAUGUUUGCUCUCAAAGCAAUUCACCCUUGUCAAAAGAAUUGGACACUUGUGAUUAUAAGUCUAAUACAUGUACUAAUUUUGAAAAUAAGCUAAUUAAUUCUGAAAGACCGGAUUUGAAAAUGACAAAUAAUAAUGACGUCACACCCGGCAACGUGACAUUACAGCAUGUGCAAGACCCAGUCAUCAUGAAAAUCAGGAUGCCAUGGUAUCUUAAAAUAUCAUGGGUCCUUUGGAACAUAGUAUUUGUUGGUGCUAUAUUUGUCACCGUUGUGUAUUUUAGUGUAAUAUACCAUAGAGUGCAAAAAAUACUUGGCCACCCUGGUGUACAAUUUGAUGAUUUAAAUGUUCACGGGCUUAAUACAGUGUUCGUCUUUGCUGACGUUGUUGUCUGCGCGAGGCCAGUACGUCUGUUACACGUCGUCUACCCCGUCAUGUACUGCGUCGUGUAUGUCCUAUUCAGCGUCAUAUUCUGGUCUGUGGACCACUCCAACGUUGUCUACAGAGUCUUGCUGGACUGGAAUCAUCCAGACAUCACAAUUGGCAUCGUCCUGGGUAUUGUGGUCUUCACUGUACCAACUCUACAGUGUUUCCAUUUUUCUAUAUACAGGUUACGUCUGUUCAUCUGCCAGAAAAUCUACGGAGAGGAUUAUUAAACUCAUCAGCAAUAACUACGAUACAUUUGUUGUGUCGGGUUCAGACGACGAUUCUGAAAUCUAAGAAGUUCGGUUCAAGGGUUUAGGGGCGGGCGCGCGCCCGCCCGCGCGCGCGUGUGUGUGUGUGUGUUUAGCUGUAUAUAUACGGAGAAAUACACACACGUGUAUAAUGCGUGAAUCAUUUGAGGGCAGAUAGUUUGUUAUACAUUACUGAUGUUCCUUACAAUCUAGAUCCUCCUUGCAAACAUUCUUGCACACGCGCCUGAUAUCAUAAUAUAUUGCUAUGUUAAUGCAAGUCUGGAGAUGUUGGUAGAUGAGACUGACCUGGUUAUUGACGUCUCACAUUGCCAAUCACUGUGAACAGAACAGUGCCUACGAUACCCUAAACUAAGUGAGGUGGCAGUGCAGAAAGAAUCAGGGCAACGUAACAGUGGACCUUCUUCAGAUAGAAAAAAAAAAAACCCAGGCAUCUUUUUUUGGUGGUUUCUGGGAUUGCAACUGUUCUCUUGCGCUGUCGUAACGUACAGUCCUGAGCCCAAGUUUAAAAAACGGCGUAAGCCUAGUUUUGCGCGUAAACGUAAAUCUACGACUAAACCACAAUGUGUAUUACUGUUAACAGCACAACAAAUACAGUUUGAAAUAAACAUAAUUGAUUUUAUUUUGUCCUUACAGCGCUCCAUCUUCCGUAAUGAUGUAAUUUUCUGCCGGAGAUAGAUGCCAAACACAUGUAAACAUAGAACUGGUAUAACUGCUAAUCACAGAGGGAGGGACGUAGCCCAGUGGUAAAGCGUGCACAUGAUGCGCUGUCCUUCUGGGACCGAUUCCUAUCGGUGGUCCCAUUGGGCUAGUUCUCGUUCCAGCCAGUGCAGAACGACUGGUAUAGCAAAGACCAUAGUAUAUGACAUCCAAUAGCCGAUGAUUAAUAAACCGGUGUGCUCUGGUGGUGCCGUUAAACAAAAUAAACUUUAACUUUUUAAACUACAAUGUUUUGUGAAAUUGGCAUCAUGAGAGUGAUGUUCGUCAAUAUGUAGGUGCGAUAACAUUCUCGUGGUUUCCACGAGAGUUGCGAAUACAAUUAUGUCAGCAUUAAUCUGUGAUAUUUAUACAUAUAUUUUAUCUUAGAAGUGGUUUGCGUACUUUUUUAGCUACAGUAUUGUUGUUGGACUAUGUUUUUGUUUUGUUUAUUUAAUCUGUACAUAAGGUGAGACGCAAAUAAAGAAUUUGUCUUUUUAUCUUAGAAGUGAUUUGUGUACGUUUUUAGUUAUUGUGUGGGAGACCGAAUGUGUUACGAAUACCAUUGUAUAUGUUUUUGUACAUACCAUUAUUAUAUGUUUUUGUGUGUUGCCAAGGAUGGCAACAUUUUAAGUCGGGAAGUGUGUAGGAUAGUGAAAUAUAUAUAGUGUAUAAUUUCUUAUAUCUUGAAGGUCAGGAUUUGCCUGCUUCAUAUGGUGGUGGAAAUGCACCAUGAUUGUUUCAUUUACUGCAUGUAUAUUUCCUCCCUUUCUAUAAAAAGAACAUAACCAACCACUCUCUAAGGGCUUACAUUAUUAUGUUUGGAAGACUGGUGCCAGUGCGGACAGCUUUCAUGGUCAUGUGACAUGACCAUAUGUGGAAAGGGCCAAAGUUCUUUGUUCUUGGUGUGAAUCUCACACAAGGCAUUCCACUCUGGUCACCGAGCAAUCAACACCUAGUUACUCUAGCCAUCUUAAGGUUUGGACUCUGGUCGUGUUGGGGCUAUACCUGGGGGGCUAUAACUACCGGAUCUUGUACAAUGACUUAUAGAUCCUGGGGAUAAAUUAUCCUAUAUGGAAACCCCAGUAUUCUGAUUUAUUUAUACUUCUUUUAACUCUACUAUUAAAGCCCUUCAGAUCCUGAA